CAGAAGACAGCUAUUAUUUAUCCUAUGAAAGCAAUGCUGCUAAGUCAACAAAGCCACUUCCGUGCUUUUGCCGGAGGUGGAAUUGUGGGCAGCCCGACGAGCCCAUUGCGUGGGGGCUGCAGUUUCAGCCCCCACGCAAUGGAAGCCUCCAACUGCGUCACCCACGCCCCUGUCCAAUAGGGACGAGGGGGCGGGGCCGCAGCGCUUAAACCCCCCCGCGUGCCAGAACUCGGUCUCUUUAUUCCAGUUCGCCGGAGCGAACAGAAGCACUCGUCUCAGCGCUCGUUUUUCCUUUGCUUCGUGGCUUUGCUUUAUUUUUAGGUCCCCUUUUCUUGUUUCCCCCACCUUGUCCCUCUUUUUCUCCCUUCCUUUCCAGGUCUUGCCUCGUAGGCGCGUUGGGGGCUUCCUCCGCUCAUCAGCUCUUCCUCCGCUCAUCAGCUGUUCCUGGCAACCGCGUCUUCAGCGCCAGUCAGCUGUUUUCGGGUCUGAGGCUCCCGCAGCCUUCAGGAGCCUCACAGCCGCGGCGGAGCCUGGGCGCCAGCAACGGAGGAGCGCUAGCCAGCUGUAUCCGGGCCCCAAGGCUCCCACAGCCUCCAGGAGCCUCUUAGCCGCGGCGGAGCAUCGGCGCCUGCAACAGAGGGAACUGCGUCUUUAGCGCCAGUCAGCUGUUUGGGUCCGAAGCUCCCGCAGCCUUCAGGAGCUUCACAGUCGCGGCGGAGCCUGAGCGCCAGCAACAAGGAAGCGCCAGCCAGCUGUGUCUGCAUUAAAGGCACUGCAGUGAAGCCGGUUAUCUGGCCAUUGAGUCGAGGCGGCUGCCUCCUCUCUCUGCCCUCGUGCAAGGACCUUCCUGAACAUCGCCGUGUGGUCGGGUGAGCAAUACCAUUGGGUCUCCCUCCCCCAUUUAGCUUCUCGAGCUUCCUUUCUUCCCCCCCCCCACCUUGCAAGCAGCUCCCCCGUUUAGUUUAGGCUCCUUGUGCAUUUUCUCCUUUAGUCAGUCCCCAGCUCCCUCAUCCCCCCCGUAGAUUUAAAAAAUAAAUGAAUAAAUAAAUAAAAAUUUUAAUUAGAGUCAGCCUAAGGCCCUAUUCCCGGUGUUUUUCUUUUGCUCAAAGGAAGGCAUUUGUGAGUGGCCAGGUGGGUCCUGUGGCAGCCAUCUUAAGUGUGGCCACGUGGGUCUGUUGACGGCCGCCAUUUUGAGAGGGUCUCCUCUAACAAGCCCGGCAGCCAUUUUGAGUGUGGUUACAAGCCCGGCAGCCAUUUUGAGUGUGGCCCGGCUGAUGGUCGCCAUUUUGGAGGGCCUCUUUUUCAGUGCAAAUCAGGCAGCCAUUUUAAGUGUGGCAACGUGCUCUGGCAGUCGCCAUUUUUUAGGGGUUUCCUCUUCAUUUAAGCCCGGCAGCCAUUUUGAGUGAGGCUCCAGGGUUACUUGCUAUAGCAACAGUCCCACGUUAGCCAUUACCGGUACCAUUCCUCAGCUGCUAUUGUGAUAUUACAAGUUCAAUCUAUUGUAUUGCGUGUGCCUUUGCGGGUUGCUUUGUGCCAGUUUGCUUUCUUGGGGGGAAGGGGAAGGGUAACCGGUCCCUUCUUGUGGUACAUCCAGUGCGUAGAUCGGAUUACUGGUUUAACUGCUUGUUCCUGCUCUGGGAUUGAGCCCUGCUAUUUAGGUUAAUUAGGUUACUUAAGGAAUUGGUUGGUGGAUCUGAUCUGUGUGUUGACCGGUCCCCUCUUAUGGUGGCUCACAGUGCUUAAAUUCGAUUACUGGUUUACCGUGCUUGUACCUACUGAUAGAUUGAUCCCUGCUACGUAAAUUAUUGCUGAUAACUGCGAAUAAUAAUAAUAAUAAUAAUAAUAAUAAUAAUAAGUCAUUGCUAAUAACAAGUUGGUGAUUGACUAGCAGGGCAUUUAACAAUAGAUAUCUGACUCCCCUCCUAAAUAAAACAGGGGUGAUAUUCGGGCAAAUUAGAGGUGGUUUAUUGGGGUUUUUCUCUUAUAACAAUUGUCUAAAGUCUUUUGACCAUGGCUUCCAAAGGCAAGCAGGGCUCGGCCAAAAACCUGGCAGCUAAAGUGAACCCUAAGGCGUUCACCCAGGCUGUUAAUGCGUUGCAAUCCAUUUGCGGCCAGCUGGGCCCUCUCUGCAGCACGCUGGUUCCAUUAGCCGAGAGCUUGCAGGAUGAGUCUCUACCUAAUUCGCAAGAUUGCGUGGCAGAUACCCAGUUUGAGGAUCAGGAUGGGCCGUCCACUUCCGCAUCCUUGUUCUCUACCUCCACCUCGGGUGGGGCCAGUGACAGGGCACCGGAGCCGCGGACCCGGUUGCAAAAGGCACGCUCCAACACUCCCAGCCAGCAAUCGGUGGCCUCAGGGUCUCCGGCGCCUGGCUCCCUCAGUGGGGCGGCCCAGUCUGUUCCAGGUCAACAGGGGACCCAGCCCGCGGCAGCUGCGGCGCAGCAAGGGGCGCGGGUGCGCGAUUCGACCACGGACGACGAGGCGGCAGGGCGCGCAGCGGGCGGAGACACGGAGUCGCGGGAUGGAGAAGACCGUCGCCAGGGUGGAAAGGCGAAGAAGAAGUCUGAGAAACGUAAGAGGAGCAGAAGGGACGACUCGGACGACGACACAGGUACGUCCUCGGAUUCGGAGUGCGACAUCCCAAUGGAGGAUUAUUGGGGUGUGGGGGAAGACCAGAUGGGUUUUCCUCUCUGGGUGCACAAGAGGAGGGCCAGCACCCAUCGUAAAUCUUUUAGGGGUACGCUGGAGUGGCGCGAUGGUGCGUUGGUCCCCGACGAAAAGUAUGCCACAAAUUCGGACACAGAUAUCCUUUUGGGGUCUCACCUGUCAGACAAGAAGAGAGAGAAAAUUUUAAAUGGGGAUUAUAUUGAUGUAUUCACCAUUCUUCCCCUGACUCAGAUGAUGGGAAAAGGGGAAAAGCGUCGUGAUUACAGGGGUCGGCAUUAUAGAACGCCUAGGGCCGACCGCACUUUUGAAAAUUGGUUAGAGGGCAUACACAUUUGGGCGGCCGUGAUCUCCGCGGCAUAUCCAAAGCGGGCGGUGCACCUAUUUGCAUACAUGGCCGACGUCAGGUUGGCUCACAAGAUGGCGGGGGAGACGGCAGCUCUGAACUACGACGAAGACUUCCGCAGGAAUGCUUCAAAAAAUCCAAAAAACGCGUUGGGACCAACGGCACCAACACUACUGGAGUAACCAUGUAGUGCCGUAUGUUGAGAAAAAACAAACUGACCCCCCGAAAACAGGCAGGUUCGAGCCCAAAAAAGACCCGCGGCGCAGGGUUUGUUGGGAGUUCAAUAAGGGCCUCUGCCAAAGGCCUAACUGCAAAUACACUCACGAGUGUGAGAAGUGCCUUGGUCAACAUCCGGGGGUAUCCUGCUUCAAGGGGAAGCAGUCCUUUCAGGGGGCCAAGGGCAAUUCCCACCAGGGCCCCAGAUACACCCCCCCCCCGGUGCCUCCCACGGAGCAACCUCAGGACAGAAUAGAUUCUAACUGUUCUCUUGCCAUGGCCUACUCCCCUGUAAAACUGACCCCCUUAAAAAUAUUGCUAGCCCUAUACCCUAACAGGUCUGCUGCAGUGUACCUUGAGGAAGGGUUCUCUUCAGGUUUUCGCAUCCCCGUUCGGAUCCCACCUUCCACAACUGACCCACAAAAUCAGAAGUCUGUUAGGGAGCGCCCCGACAUAGCCAUCAGGAAAAUAAAUAAGGAACUAUCGGCAGGGCGGGUUGCGGGCCCAUUUUUAAUUCCACCUAUAGCCGACCUUCACAUUUCCCCGCUAGGCAUAGUUCCGAAAAAGGCCCCAGGUGAAUUUAGGUUAAUCCAUAAUCUUUCCCACCCAAAGGGUAGCUCAGUUAAUGACGGGAUCCCGCAGGAGCUUUGUACGGUAAAGUACGCCUCCUUUGAACACGCUGUGAAGCUGGUUCGCCAGUUUGGCAAGGGGGCCAUGAUGGCGAAGUGCAAUAUUGAAUCGGCCUUCCGCCUCCUUCCUGUACACCCCCACGAUUACAAAUGGUUGGGUUUUAGGUUCAGGGGCGCUUAUUUCAUCGACAAAGCUAUGCCCAUGGGAUGUUCCGUCGCAUGUUCGGCCUUUGAAACAUUUAGCACAUUCCUGGAUUGGGCCCUUCGCGCUAAAACUGGUCUGUCGGGUGUCACGCAUUAUCUAGACGACUUCCUUUUCGUGGGAGGAGCACACAGUGAUGACUGCGCAGGUCUCAUGGAGGCCUUCGCCUCCCUCACGAGUGAGCUGGGGGUACCGCUAGCAGCUGAUAAAACUGAAGGGCCCGUUUCUCGAUUGACGUACUUAGGUAUCGAACUGGAUACGGUAGCGCAAACCUCGCGUUUACCGGCGGAAAAACUUACAGCCCUUAAGGAGUUAAUUAGACAGCUCAUUCCUCGCAAAAAAGUCACGUUAAGACAAAUACAAUCACUACUAGGGCAUCUUAAUUUCGCUUGCAGAGUAAUUUCACCAGGGCGCCCCUUUUGCCUGAGGGUCGCCAGGCUCACUGUAGGGCUAACCCGACCUUUCCAUAGGGCACGUCUGCCAAAAGGGGUCAAAGCGGACCUUGUGAACUGGCUGACCUUCCUAGAACACUACAAUGGCGUAUCUUUAUGGCAGGAUAACAUUACUCUACGUUCAGACUUUCAGAUCCAUUCAGACGCAGCAGGCGCAUUGGGUUUCGGGGUAUAUUUCAAAGGGAGAUGGUGUGCUGAACCUUGGCCUCCCAGCUGGAAAAACACAGAUAUUACUCGGGAUUUAACAUUUUUAGAAUUCUUUCCCAUAGUGGUAGCAGUGCAUCUUUGGUCGGACGACUUCAGGAACCGGAGAGUCUGCUUCAACACGGACAAUCAAGCAGUAGUCAGUGUACUUACCAGGCAAUCGUCGCGCUCGGGAAGGGUGUCGGCCCUCCUACGUCAUUUUGUGCUGCGUAGUCUCGAGUUAAAUAUGCACUUCUCAGCCAAAUUCGUGCCGGGGCAGAAUAAUAAUAUCGCAGAUGCUUUGUCUCGUUUCCAGAUGGACCGCUUCCUCUCAUUAGCACCAGAUGCGCAGCAGUGUCCAGAGAGGUUCCCGGAACACCUAUGGAACCUUGGGAAUGAGAAAUCCUAAAGGGAGUAUUUGCUUCCGUGGCCCCCGCCACCCUCAGCUCCUACAAGCGGGCAUGGGCAGACUUCCUUGCCUUCCGGCAGAAGGGCGCUGGUGUGCGCCUCAAGGGGCCACCAACCCCUGAGGAGGUUAUGCAAUACGUGGUGCACCUCAGAGGGCUGGGUCGCGCCGCCAAGACGCUGGGCAUCCACACUGCAGCUAUCACCUUUUUCUCGAAAUCUCUCUAUCUCACCGACCCUUGCGAUAACUUCCAUUUGCGUAGAGCAAUGGAAGGCUGGCAUAGGCUGCAGCCUCCCGUUGCUGAUUCCAGGCGGCCCAUCACGUUCGACAUGCUUACCCAAUUCCAUAAGCAAUUGAGAACCCUUUGUUGGUCCAAAUUCGAAGCACGGCUGUUUUCAGCAGCUUUUUCGUUAGCUUACUUCGGGGCCCUUAGGGUUGGCGAGGUGGUGUGUGAGGACCACCCUGAUGGGAUCACCCGGGGUAUAUUAUUACAGGAUCUAUCACUGUCCGACUCCCAAGCUCUCGUUCACGUCCGCCAUUCAAAGACGGACCAGAAGGGGCGCUGCAGGUCCUUGUCCAGUGAAGGACACCAGACGGUAUCUUUACCUCCGACCGCCGGGACCCGGCCCAUUACUCGUUCACCAUGAUGGUGCUAGGCUUACCCGUCAGCAAUUUACCAGGGUACUUCGCAAAGCCAUUGCAUCUUGCGGGUACAACCCCACUGAAUUUUCUGCCCAUUCCUUUAGAAUAGGCGCUGCUACUUCUGCCAUGCACCUAGGCUUGUCAUCAGAAAGGAUCCAGGAGAUGGGGAGGUGGAAGUCGAACGCCUACAAAAGGUACAUUCGCACGUAGGUCGAUUCUGGUAGCAGUGCUGACCCCGGCCUUUUCAUCUCUAUUUUUCAGGCUACCAUUUCAUCCGGGUUUGGAUAGCAGGGCACAGUAUAGUGCAUUGGGCCCAGAGAAGGGCAAUCGAAGUUGGUCUGGGAAGCGGGCUCGGCCUCCCAGAAAAUGUUGAGGUGUCCUGGAUAUCCAGAAGGGGCAUGCUGUGGAGCGAGUUGCUACCGAUCAUCCAAGCCCGGGCUACUUCACUUGGCCCCCCAGAUUUUCUGAUUGUGCAGCUCGGUGAAAACGACCUAGCUUACCGCAACGCGGUCAAUCUGAAGUUACAUAUAUGCAAGGAUUUUGAUGUUAUGAUGGACAGUUUUCCGGGGAUGACGAUACUGUGGUCCUCCUUGCUGGAGAGGCGCUGUUGGCGUGAUGGACGUUGCCCAAAAGCCUUGAACAAAUCCAGGAGGCUUUUGAACUCAUUCGUGGCCCGCAGAGUGUUAUCAUUGAAUGGCCGGGUUAUACAGCACCCCACUUUGAAACGAUGUGAAGCAGCCCUCUAUCGUGAUGAUGGCGUUCACCUUUCUCCUAUCGGGAAUGACACCUGGCUACAGAACGUGAUUGCUGGCAUAAGAGAUGUCCUGUAUGAGGUAGAUCUUAAUUAGGUGAAUAAGAGAGUAGGGUCACACUCCCUCGGUAAAUAAUUAAUUAAUGAUUUGAUAUCUGAUAUAACAAAUUAACUGAGUACUAAACUACUAAUUAGGGUUACGCUAAAAUAACUGUUUUGGUUAUUAUAACAUGUGAGCGGAUUGGCGGCGAGCCUGGGGGGGCUCGAGUGGCGGUUAGGCGUUGGAAAUUUGCAUAACAAUAAGAUGGAGGAGGGGCAGAUUGCGUCAUCACCUGCCCAAAUUUGGAGAAGUAAUUCCGUUAAAGGAUUCCGGGGGCGAGGCUUGGUCCAGAGCCGGGAGUCGCCAGGGCCGUAAGGCACGCCCCGUACGGUGGCCACAGGAGGAUCUGCAUCGCCGGGUUCCUUCUGGUGGUUAACUUCUCACGGACUUCAACACACGGGUUGGAGUCGGAUUUAGUCUGAUAGGUUCCAACGCCUAAGCCAAUUCCGCUCAACAUGCAUAAUUAAUAAAGUUGUGGCCUGAACCACCCAAUUUAACCCUUAAAUUCCGUGUCACGAGUCAUUAUUACACUGAUCGGAGGGACUUGCUACACAAGGAAAUUGCUGGUGUACCAGAGGACAUUCUGCUGAAGGUUUAUCGGGUCCUCCCUAACAAGAGGGCACGUGUUGCGGUGGGACCUGGCAACCAGUCCCUGUGUGGUGAGUGGGAACAUUGGAGUGGCCACAACACCCUAUUGGUGGUCCCUCGAUCUUGGGAGCAAUUGGACUUGAGGGACGUCAAUCAAAGCGAUUGAAGGACCACUGUUUAACCGCUGCACGUGUCCCUGAGCUUCCUCUUUCGGGCUCAGUGCAUCGGAACACCUGCCCACCUCUUCCUAUAUUUUGGAGGAGGACGAAAUUGACAUGAAUGGAUUCGACCUCCUGACACUCCCUGCUUUCCCCUCCUUGAAAGGAGGCUGUCCCAAAUGUGGUCUUGUAAUUGGUAACUCGUUUAAGUUACAUACCAAACAUACUUUAGUACAGGUUUUAUCUGGGCUGAUAUCCGGGGGAAAGGUUUCAUGGCUAAUUUCCAAUGUUUACCUCCCUCCAGGAGGUUUGUCCCUUGAACUUCGCUCUAGAUGGGAAAUACUAGGAGACCAUCUAUUAUCAUGCCGCGUCAAGUAUCCCAAUACUCAAUCCUUAAUUGGAGGGGAUUUUAAUGCCCGUACCGCAGCCAACUGGGAAUCCUUGAAUAAAGCCAAAUGGUGAGUUGACCCAUGUCUUGACAACUAUGAACUGGAACACGCCAUAGGGAGAACCUCUAAAGACUCCAGAGUAAACGAGGCUAGAGUGCUUCUCUAUCAAAUGGCCAUCUGUCUAUCAAAUGGCCAUCUGAACGGCAGGUGCCCCCCAGAUGUACCGGGGGAGUACACCCAUCUAGGCAUAAAAUCCAACAGCCAUGGGUGGCACACCAUAAGUACGCCAGUGAAAAAGCAUCCCAAAGCUCUAAGGUUUUGUCGUGAUUCUUUUACACUAAGGGUGGCAGGUACAUCCCAGCAGCUCUUGAGGUAUUCCAAGCAAAACCUCAAGACAGAUUUUCGCUGUUCCAUCAUGCGCACCAAAUGCGGCUUUACGCCUCGAAGCCAACCUUCUAUCUGUCGAAACACGGACUUGGCAAAGAACACUUAAAUACUGGCUCCGUCUAAAUCUAAAUCCACCUGGGCUAUUGCCUCUAGUCACACGGGAUGUACACAAAGGCGCAUGGGCAAAGGCUGUGCACCAAAAACUCCUCUCAUGUGGCCUGCACGCACAGCAUUUACUCAUAAUGGGCCCAUCCAAGGCAAACAGCCUCAUAUACCAGCGCCUGAAGAACAUUGAACAACAAAACAAUAUGGCCAUUAUUAAGAAAUUUAGUGCAUGGUAUAUCCGUCUUCCACCUUCCCACAUGGACUUCCGGUCACCAUACCUGUCCAACCUAACCAUCCCAAAAUACAGACGAGCCUUCACACUGGCCAGACUGGACAUGCUACCCUCCGCCGUCCUUGAAGGUCGAUUCUCAAAAACACCAUACCAGAAUCGACUAUGUCCCUGCGGAGUUGGCAGCGUGGAGACUGUAUCACAUGUACUCCUGUCCUGUCCCCUAUAUAAAGACCUCAGGGAUGAGAUCAUCACACCUCUGAUAUCCGCCAUUUCGGGCCGCCCAUCCGAGGAUAUACUGUUUUUCCUCCUGGCAGACCAGACUGCCCAGACAACAGAGAAGGUAGCCAGAUUUACUGAGAGGGCCAUGAGACUGAGGGCCGCCAGCUGAAGGACAAUAGCGCCGCCUGUGUGAACAUAUAAUUAAGAUCUCAUCUGUUCCAUUUUAAUUGUGUUAUGCUGAAUCCCAAGACAGCACAUUUUAUUGUUUUAUAUAGCAUUUUUCUUUUUUCUUUCCUUUUUACCAGGUUAUGUAAUAUGAAUCCUUUGUUGCAAUGGCCUGUAGGCCAUGCAAAUAAAUAAAGUUUUACUUACAAAUCCAACAGCAUAUUACGGUAGAUUACCUCUUGAUUUUGAGGGAUUUGUUCCUGAAUGUCUCUUCCUUUAAGGUCGACAAUAUACAAUCUAGCGAUCACCUCCCCUUAGUAGCCACAUUCUCUCUGGAUUGGCAUUCAGUCGAGCACAGACAUCCAAUCCGAAUAGAUUCCAACGUUCCGACUGGAGUGAGAGGAAUAAAUUGGUCUAAGGUCCAAGUCCAAUUGUACUUGGACGUUUAUCAAAAAUCGGUGUGCAGCUAACUGAUACAGCUUCUGAUUCCCAUGACCCCAAUGUACUAUUGGGGCUGUUUAAUCAUUUUAUGGUGGAUCUUACUCCCUUCUUUACGAUACCUCCCUAAGCGGUAAAUCGCAGACAGUAUAACUCUGGUGCCCCUUGGUACGAUUCUCAGUGUAAACAAGCAAGAACCCUUUUGCGCUCAAUUUACAACAAGUACAAGGUCUCAGGUGCUACCAACCUGCCAGUUACAUAUUUUCAAGCCAAAACGGCCUAUAAACAGGCCCAGACAAAGGCUAAACGCACCUGGCAAUCGUAUCGCCGGCAGGCUUUAAUUGCAGCAUCCAAAUCGCAUAGAUCACGUGAAUUUGGGUCACUAAUUAAUAGAAGAGUGAGAAGAUACUCCCUGGCCGUUAUCCCUGCUCCUACUUGGGAGCAGUUCUUGAGGAAGUGCUUCUCACAGGUGGACGCACCAUCUGCCUGCUUGGAGCACCUGUUUUGCCAUCUACCCAUUUCGCCACCUAGACUUGAUAUGUCAACUGAAAGUGGGUAAGGCUCCCGGGCCCGAUUGGUCCCAGCGGAGGCCAUUAAGUCACAUCCUGAGUGGUGGGCUGGAAUUCUGGCCAAAGUUUUCGAUGCUAUAAACACCACAGAUCUCAUUCCCAAGUCAUGGAAUUAUUAUCCCAAUUCACAAAAAAGGAUCCACCGCUAACCCCACGAACUAUCGUAACAUUAGUCUACUUUCAAUCCUAGGGAAAAUCUAUGCCUGCUUUCUGCUGUCCAACUUGACCCAGUGGUUGGAAAAGUCCAACUUAAUUGGUCAUGAACAAGCAGGUUUUAGACCCAAUUGCUCCACAACAGACCACGCUAUAAUUCUUUACCAUCUUGCACUGAAAUACUCUACCCCUAGUCGGGGCCAUCUAUGUGCUGCCUUUAUCGACUUGAGGGCAGCUUUUAACAGCAUCCCCAGAAACACCUUAUGGGUGAAACUCGCUACCUGGGGCAUUGACAGAAGACUACUAUGGCUUAUGAUUCAAUUGCAUGAGGGAUCAGUUGCCAGAGUGAGACUAACUCCAGCAGGUGAACUCAUGAAUUUGGUGCCUAUAAAUAAGGGAGUCCGCCAAGGCUGCAUACUAGCUCCCUAUCUCUUUAAUUUGUAUAUAAGUGAUAUGAGAAAACCCCUAAUCGAGUCACUCGUCAAUAUUCAUGCCCCCCGCCUUGCGGAUUAUCGCUGCCCACUGCUUCAGUAUGCAGACGACGCAGUAAUUCUUUCCUAUUCUCGAGUUGGCCUAAAUAGAGCACUGAAGAUCUUUGUUUCCUAUUGUCAAACCAAUCAGUUAACCAUCAACCAUUCUAAAUCCAAAAUAAUGAUUUUCUCCAGAAGCCGAAAACAAUACAAGUGGAAGCUCGAUGGAGCAACAGUGGAACAAGUUUCCAAAUUCCAAUAUUUAAGCAUAUUUUUUCAACAAAACUUGAGAUGGAAAGCACAAAUUCAAUAUCUCCUCAAUAAAGCAGUUUCACAGCAGAUGAUGUUAUAUGCAUGCAUUUUAUCCUCUGGAAUCUGUAACAAUAUUCAAAAUGGCCUUGCUGAAAUCAUUUGUUGCUACUUGUCUCCCACACAGCCACUGUGUUAUGUAACUUGAAUCCUCCAGUAAGGGCUGAUUCUGUGGACACUCUUCCUUUUAAUCUGCAUUUAGGGCGAUCCUGCCAACCUAGCAGUUCGAAAGCACGUCAAAAUGCAAGUAGAUAAAUAGGAACCGCUACAGCGGGAAGGUAAACGGCAUUUCCAUGUUCUGCUUCGGUUUGCCAGAAGUGGCUUUGUCAUGCUGGCCACAUGACCUGGAAGCUGUACGCCGGCUCCCUCGACCAAUAAUGUGAGAUGAGCGUGCAACCCCAGAGUCGGUCACAACUGGACCUAAUGGUCAGGGGUCCCUUUACCUUUACCUAGGGUGAUCCCAUGGCUGCUUUGGGAAGCGUUGUGCACAUUCCACUCAGAACACCCAGCUUCAUUGGGUUAACAGAUGCCUCCACAUAUUUCAUUUAUUAUUUUGUUUCUGAGCAAAUGUGUUUUCAUUUCAAUACAACAACCUGAAGAAAUGGCCUGCAUAGCUUUUAGGUUUGCUUUUCCUAUGUCUAACAUUUACUAAUCUAACAAAGAGGUGAAGUUUCUUGAUUGAAGAUUGCAAUAAGCCUCUGCAUUGCCUUAUUGGAACGCUAAUAAUAAUAAUAAUAAUAAUAAUAAUAAUAAUAAUAAUAAUAAUAAUACAGCUAUAAUGCUGCUAAGUCAACAAUGAAAGCUUCUGGUGUACCAAAGGACAUUCUGCAGAAAAUCACUGAUAAAAAGUUGGCCAUAGGUUAUUUAUCCUCUGAAAGCAAUGCUAGAACAUUCUGCCGAAAGUUACUGAUAAAAAGUUGGCCAUAGGUUUCCCUGCCCUCCUAAUCCUAAGAAUGGACAGAUACAGAAAGAGAUUAAGGCAUUGCAAGUACAAUUUUCUCAGCUAAUAAAUCAAGAGAUAGAAUCUAAAAUUAAAUGGAUGAAACAAAAAUCGUUUGAAUCAGCAAAUAAAUGUGGAAAAUUAUUGGCAUGGCAAUUGAAAAAAAGACAGAAGUCAAACACCAUUACAAAUCUUGUGCAAGAAGGGAAACAUCUGGAGCACCCGACAGAGAUUAGAAAAUGCUUUCAAAAAUAUUUCAAACAACUGUACAAACAAGAAAGGCAAGAUAAAGAUGAGGUGGAGCAAUUCAUGGACAAACAUGGACUGCAAAAAAUCCCGGAAGACAAGAAAUCCCUACUUUCGCAACAGAUAUCUACACAAGAAGUGGAACAAGCUAUACAACAAAUGCAUCUGGGCAAGACCCCAGGACCGGAUGGACUUACUGCCACAUAUUAUAAAACAAUGAAGGACUGGAUAGUCCAACCCUUGAAAGACUUAUGUAAUGAAAUUUUGAACGGAGGAGACGCCCCCCGAGUCUUGGAAAGAGGCCUAUAUCACACUGAUACCUAAACCGGACAUGGAUAGAACGCAAGUAAAGAAUUAUCGCCCAAUCUCCUUGUUGAACGUGGAUUACAAAAUAUUUGCCAGUAUUUUGGCUUCUAGAUUGAAAAAGGCCUUAGGAGAUUUUAUCCACAAAGAUCAAGCCGGCUUUUUGCCAGGGAGACAUAUGAAGGAUAAUAUAAGGAAUGUGGUGGACAUUUUGGAGAUGUUAGAACAGAAAAUAAACAAAAAAGCUGUGCUGAUGUUUAUUGAUGCAGAGAAGGCCUUUGACAAUAUUUCUUGGCUAUUUCUAAAAAGUAACUUAGAAAAAAUGGAGGUGGGCCAAAACUUUCUGAAUGGAGUAAAUGUGAUCUAUUCAGAGCAAAGAGCAAAGAUAAUUGUUAAUAAUAUGGUUUCAGAAGACAUUAGAAUUGAAAAGGGUACAAGACAAGGGUGUCCCCUCUCCCCCCUGCUUUUUAUAUCGGUUCUGGAAGUCUUGCUCGACAGGAUUAGAAAGGAGGAAAGGAGGAAAUAAAAGGAGUGACUGUAGGGAAGAAACAAUAUAAACUUAAAGCCUUUGCAGAUGAUCUUGUUCUGACAUUACAAGAUCCAGAGUCCAGUGUUCAAAGGGCUCUGGAAGUACUUCAAGAAUUUGGAAAGGUAACAGGUUUUAAAUUGAAUAAAUCAAAAACCAAAGUAUUAGAUAAGAAUUUGGAUAGUAAGGAAAAAGAAAAAUUGCAAGAAGCAACUGGCUUAUUUUUUGUUAAGAAAGUAAAGUACCUUGGUGUUAAUAUGAUGGCAAAAAAUUUGAAUCUAUUUAAGGACAAUUAUGUGAAAAUGUGGAAUGAAGUUAAAAGACUUAGAAAUCUGGACUAAUUUGAAACUUUCUCUGUUGGGCCGUAUAGCUACUGUUAAAAUGAAUGUAUUGCCAAAGAUGUUGUUUUUAUUUCAAUCGUUGCCAAUAAUUGAGAAGUUGGAUUGUUUUAAAGAAUGGCAAAAGGUUUUAUCGAAGUUUAUAUGCCAAGGGAAAAAGCCAAUAAUUAAAUAUAAGAUACUUACUGAUGAUAAACAGAGAGGAGGCUUUUCCCUGCCGGAUUUAAAGAUUUAUUAUGAAGCAGCUACCUUCUGCUGGAUGAAGGAUUGGUUUCUGUUGGAAAAUUCAGAUAUUCUGGAUUUAGAAGGUUACGAUAAUGUUUACGGUUGGCAUGCAUAUUUAUGGUAUGACAAAGUGAAGGCCCACAGAGGCUUCAAAACGCAUAUAAUUAGAAAAUCUCUGUAUAGUGUUUGGUCCAGGUAUAAAGAUUUGUUAGAAAGAAAAACACCUAAAUGGAUAUCUCCAUUGGAGGCCAAGGUUCGUAAAAGAGUAAAUAUGGAACCCAGUUGGCUGAAGGAUAGAGAUUUGUUGAUUCAAGAAGGAGAACAACUUAAGUUAAAGACUUAUGAGGAGUUGAAAUGUAAAUUAGACGAUUGGCUCCAAUACCACCAGAUAAAUGAAGUUUUCAAAAUGGAUAAAUUAAUUGGUUUUCAAUCAGAGAGGUCAAAGUUGGAAACAGAAUUGUUAGAACCUAAGACAAGAUGUGAGAUGAUAGUUAAAAGAUAAUAUAUAUAAGGUAAUUAAAAUGAUAUAGAAUUUGCUAAUUAUAAAUUAAUCAAAGGACCACAGGGAGGGAAACCCGAGGGGGUCCCUAUAGACAAUGUGAAGGGAUUAAGGAACAAACAAUUUGAUUUUGUGUUUUUAUUUUUUAUUUUUUGUAGUGUUAUUAUUGUUGUGUUUUGUCUGUUUUCUGUGCUUUUUUCUUUUUGUAUUCUGGAAAACCUUAAUAAAAAUAUUAUUUUUAAAAAAGGUUUCCCUUCUCUCUCAUUUCUUCAGGGUAUUUAAGCAUUCCCCUCCUAUUGUGCCAACAGAAGACAUUUUACAAAGCUACAGGUCCCAGCAUCUUUAACAAAUCUCAGUUCCCAGGAUUCUUUGGGGAAUGUCAUGCACAUCAAAUGUGUUUUACAUGUGCUGGCAAAAUGAACACAGCCAGAGGCAGUUUUGGAUCUUAUUCAUACGGUCCUUUCUUUCCUUACAUCCUUUGUGUGUUCUUCUGGCGCUUGGAACACCCUUCAGCCCAUCAGAAAACAGCUAUUAAUAAUCCUGUGAAAGCAAUGUUGCUAAGUCAACAAGGAAACAGCUGGUUUACCAAAGGACAUUCUAAUGAAGUUUACUGAUAAAAAGUAGGUCAUAGUUUUCCCUGCCCUUCUAUCUCAUUUGUUCAGGGCAUUUGCUUAGACACUCCCCUCCUAUCAUGCCAACAGAAGACAUUUCAUUGGAAACACGAGCUUCAUUUUUCUCACUCGAGUUUUCCCUUUCACCACAAGUGUGUUGUUCAGUUUCAGCCUGGAGCAAAGAACUGAGCAAGCACAGAAGCAGAAAAUGGCACUUAGCAAAGACCGUGGCAUUACAAUGAAUGAUGGGAACAAAAUCCCCAUACUGGGGUUUGGAACCUAUUCCCCAGACGCUUGUGUUGUUCAGUUUCAGCCUGCAGCCAAAAACUGAACAAGCACAGAAGCUGAAAAUGGCACUUAGCAAAGACCGUGGCAAUACAAUGAAUGAUGGGAACAAAAUCCCAAUACUGGGGUUUGGAACCGCUUCCCCGGACGCUGUUCAAAAAAGUAAGUGUGAGGAGGCUACAAAGAUAGCAAUAGAAGUCGGCUUCCGUCAUAUUGAUGGCGCAUAUGUAUACGAGACCGAGGAGCAAGUUGGGCGGGCCAUUCGUGCGAAGAUUUCAGAUGGAACAGUAAAAAGGGAAGACAUUUUCUACACUGGAAAACUCUGGAGUACCUUCCACCGCCCUGAGCUGGUUCGGAAAUGCUUGGAAGAAUCGCUGAAGAAACUCCAGUUUGACUACAUGGAUCUGUUCAUAAUUCACAAUCCGUAUUCUAUGAAGCCUGGACCAGAUUUAUUUCCCAUUGGAGAAGACAAAAAAUUUAUUAUUGACAACGUAGAUCUUCGGCAGACAUGGGAGGCAAUGGAGGCGUGCAAAGAUGCUGGCUUGGUGAGGUCCAUCGGAGUGUCCAACUUCACCUGUAAGCAGCUGGAAAUGAUCCUGAACAAGCCAGGACUGAAAUACAAACCAGCAAUAAACCAGGUUGAAUGUCAUCCUUAUCGGAACCAAAGCAAGCUGCUGGCCUUCUGCAAGUCAAACAAUAUCAUCCUGGAAGGAUAUAGUGUCCUAGGAUCCCAAAGGGACCCAAACUGAAACACACCUUCUUUCGACGUUGCUCUCCGGCAGGAUAGAUACAAACACUCCUGUCCUGCUUGAAGACCCUUUGUUGGUUGCGAUCGCCAAGAAGUACAACAAAAGCCCAGCUCUCGUGGCUAUUCGCUACCAACU